GGCACGUGACGCAUACUUUCUCCCCAGUUGUAUUGGCUGAAAACGGGUUACUGACUACACGUUUAUGUCUGGCAUAUGCUGCUUCCUUCUAGAAAAAGGAUUAUUCUCUCUCAGUUGGAUUGAUAGUGGACCCAGCAGGUCUAUUGUGAAUCCUUAAUAAUGGACUCUGACCUACUGAAGAUUGAGGAAAUGGUAAUGGGAGGUGGAGAAGCUGCCGCCCCUGAUGAAUUGGCCCCUGAGAAGGCGGAGAAUACAUACACCACCAUCAUUAUUCAGAAUCCAACACCAGCUCCUGUCAUUCAAUCAUAUCAGCAUGAAAGUCUGCAGUGUUUCCAAUGUUUUAUCACUUUCUGCAAUUCAAAAGCCAAGGAAAGGCACAUGAAGAAGAGUCAUCGGGAAGAGUACAAACAGCAACUGCAGCAGUGCGAUACGCUGUUCACUUGCUAUGUGUGUGACCGUGACUUCCCCUCCUCUGAGGAGCUGACACAGCAUCAGUCGACCCACAACAAGGAGGACAAACCCUUCAAAUGUGCACACUGUCAAGAAUGCUUCCGCACAUUCUCAGAGUUGACAACACAUCGACGGCAGGUAUGUCCUGAACGUCAGUUUUUGUGCAAAGAAUGCAAUGAGACGUUUCGAAGCCCUGGACUCUUGCGUAGCCAUCGUUUGGCCCAGCACCCUGUGCGCCUGGAGGGAGAGGAUGCAGAUGAUCCCACCAAGACUUACCGAUGUGUUAAAUGUGGUAAGGGUUUUGAAGAAGAGACAGAGCUCCUGCAACACCAAGAAAACCAUGCAGGUGAACAGCACUGCAACGGUAGCGCCCCUGUCAAACGCAGAGGGAGAGCCCCAAGAGCUGAGAGUGCAGCUGCUGGUGAAAAGAAACUAAAGAGAAAGGAGGAGGAAGAGAUUGGGGAGACCAACCAUUCAGAAGGCGAAGUAAUGGCGAACACAGGAGGAAGACGAGGGCGACAACCCAAAUCUGCCAAAGAGCUUAAGGCAGAAGACAAUAAAGCAGAAAAGAAACCAAAGGCUAUUCCACAGCCAUCUCGGCAGAUCCCGUGCACUGAAUGUGACCUCACUUUCCCUGCCCUGGCACUACUCCGCGCACAUAAGAAAGAGAAGCACACACAGCGGAAGCCUCACCCUUGUGGAGAAUGUGAGGAGAGUUUUAACCGACCAGAGCAGCUGAAGGCCCACAUGGCUAGGGCCCACAGUGCUGGUCGGUACACGUGUCCCACAUGUGGAAAAAGCUUUAGCAGAGAGAGUAACCUGAAGGCUCAUCAACAGACCCAUGGAAAAGAAGAGAAGCCAGCUGGUCAGGGAAAGAGAUAAUUAAGUAUGGGAGACUGUUGUAUGUGUUUGUUAACUAAAGAAGGAUUCAAUAUUUUAAAAAGUUGUGUAUAGACAAGUAGGCCAGGUUAGGGUUUGCUUUAGAUUUGAAGAAUUGUAACAUAGCAGGGGAUCGUUCAGCUGAGUGAGGCUACAGUUCAACACUAUGUGACCAUGUUAUAUGAAAACUGGAAACCCAAAGGGUAGUGGUAAUCAUAUUUGGCUGCCUCGUUUUAUCAUGACAUCUGUACAUAGUUUGGCAUGGUAAGCAAAAGGGAUUCACGCCACAACAACUGAAUUCACAUCAGUUGGAUAACCAUGUUGUAACUAAUAUAAUAAUACGAUCAUUAUAAAUCCAAGAAAAAGCCUUAUUAGAUCACUAGAGGCUUUAUAUUGUUUUUUUCUUUGUUUUUUUUGUUGUUGAAAUUUUAAAGGCUUUUCUAUUAAUAUAAUGUGUGUUUUUACAUUAUUUUUAGAUUUGUUCAAUGGUGGGUUGAAAGAUUUAUUAAGUGAUGGUAAUUUUUUAUGAGUUCUGACUAAAUUUGAUUUAUGUUUCCAUUUUCAAUAGUAGUAUAAGAUUUGACAUUUGACUUAAAUGUUACCCACAAUUAAGACAGUUUGCCAAGUUGACAAAUGUUUAAAUGUAUGAACAACUGAUUGAAAAUAUUUUAAAUGUCUUCUAAUUUUUUUCCUAUGUUGAUAUUAUUGCAAUUUAUGGUGCAGCCAUAAAGCAUUUUCAUUACAACAAAUUACUUGGGAAUUUGCUUUGAAAAUGGAGAGGGGGUCUUUGUAUUAAGUUUUAAAAUCCUUGUUGAGAGGUCAAGUAUACCCCAACUAACUUCUGCCUACUGUAGUUUGCCAGGCACUGAUAAAUUUCAGCUUGGAAAAUAUUAAAUGAACAAUCAUUUGCAUUGAGAAGG